AUGACUACGGGACAAUUGGCACGAGGAUUCCUGGCUGCAGCUACAACUACAGCUGCAGCUACAACUACAACUGCAGCUACAACUACAACUGCAGCUACAACUACAACUGAAGCUACAACUACAACGGCGGCGACAACCGUUGCUGCAUCUAAGGUUCAUCGCAAGAGAAUCCGUAUUAGCGGACUGAAAUAUUCGUCAAAACGGAGGGUAAAGGUUCACAGGAGCAGCACUGUGAGUAGCACUCGCAGCAGGAAAUCUUUGGGCAGACGGACCUUGAGGGUUCGCAACCGUUCGCUUGUGAGGGUCUUGAACCAGCGCCGAAAACAGGGAUAAUCCUACUUGGAUAUCCACAUUAACGGGCGAGUAUAUCUAUCUAUAUUCGAAAGCAAUAAAAACCAAAUGUAAUGCAAUCAA